UGUGUUCUGUCACUGUAACGCUGCCUGUCAGACACCGUGUUUAAACAGCUGCCUUUCCGGAACAGGGGCGGAGGACCUUCCACUCUGGCCAGAUCGCGCUGUAAAUGCGGCCAACACGGGGGGGGGGGAGGGCCAGGGGUGGACUCCGCGUUCUGCUCUCCGGCAACACCGCCAUCCUGCCUAGCAACAUGAAGGAGUAUGUAGCGUAGCGCUCUGCCUCCGCUGCAGCUAGAGCGGCUCCCCAGCCCCGCUCGUGCGGCGCGGCGCGGCUCAGACUGCAAUCGCGCGCUACGCCACGCCAACAAAGACCAGACAAAGCUGUUCCUCUAGAAAUAGAGGGAGGAAGGAAAACUGUUUAUCUCAGAAGCCUGUGGACUACAGAUACAAGGAAGAUUCGAGGUGGGGAGACGGAGGGAGGAAAAAGCAUAACCGAUCACUGUAUGGAUGGAAUGCGGGGAAGCCGGGAUGGGGGGGGGCGCGUGACGGUGGACAGAAGAGCACAAGCUUUGGCGGUUCUGACGACGGCAGUAAUGGCGUGCCAGACGGUGAGCGGCUGCGGCAGCCUUUCCCCACCGCGAUGAGCAGCUCCAGCCUGAGAUGACCAUGGUGCACGCCAUCUGAAGACCCAGAGAUUCUUAUGCGGAUACACUGAGGCAUGAACGGCUGACGUGCGGGAAAUAUUGCAGUGAGGGGGUCCAGAGGCUUAUGUGCAGGAUGUGUCAGCUGCCCCACUACUGCACUGGGGGCCCAAGGAGCUGCCACUGCCGAUGAGGCCAACGGAGCUCAAGAUGCACAUCUGAUUCCAAUUAACGUGAGCACAGCGCGGCGGAGCGCUUCGCGUCUGCAUCAUGCAGUGGAGGCGGCGACACUGCUGUCUGAUCAAGAUGACCUGGAACGUCAAGAGGUCACUCUUCCGCUCCCACGUGGCCGGCCUGCUCUCCCUCGCCUCCCUGGUGGGCGUCGUCGUCCUCUUCAGCCACCAGGACUGGCUCCUAGGUAGGAGCGGCCGGAGGGAAAACCCGGUCGCCUACACGGUGCGGGGCGGUUUCCGCUCACAGAAGAGCGAGACCAACCAGAGCGCGCUGAGGGGCAUCUGGAAAGAUUCCCUCCCCAUGCCCCCCAAGAUGGCGGCCAACAGCAGCUCUCACCAGGCUGAGGCAGGGGGGUCCCUGCAGGGGGUGACGGGCCUGGAGAACUCCCUGAGCGCCAACGGUAGCCUGAACGGGGAGUCGGGGCCGGGAGGCCGCUUCAUAGCACAGCCGUUCCGCUACAUCAUCAACGAGCCCGACAAAUGCCUGGACAGGAAGCCGUUCCUGGUGCUCCUGAUCGCGGCGGAGCCUGGCCAGACAGACGCCAGAAACGCCAUCAGGCAGACCUGGGGCAACGACAGCGUGGCCUCCGGCUUGGAUUUCGUACGGCUGUUCCUCCUGGGACUGGGGAAGAACCGCAACUCCUACCAGCAGCGCUCCAUCGAGGAGGAGAGCAGGCAGCACCAUGACAUCAUCCAGCAGGAGUACAUGGACACCUACUACAACCUAACCAUCAAGACCCUGAUGGGGAUGAACUGGGUGGCCACACACUGUCCGCACACAGCCUACGUCAUGAAGACAGACAGCGACAUGUUCGUCAACACAGACUAUCUCGUUCAUAAACUGCUCAAGCCAGACCUUCCACCAAAACAGAACUAUUUCACGGGCUACCUGAUGAGAGGCUACGCCCCAAACCGGAACAAAGACAGCAAGUGGUACAUGCCGCCUGAACUGUACCCGAGUGAGCGGUACCCGGUCUUCUGCUCUGGGACCGGCUAUGUGUUCUCCGGCGACUUAGCCCAAAAGAUCUACCGGGCCUCUCUGAGCAUCCGGCGCUUGCACUUGGAGGACGUCUAUGUAGGGAUUUGCCUAGCCAAGCUGCGUAUUGACCCCGUGCCCCCCCCCAAUGAGUUUGUGUUCAACCACUGGCGCGUCUCCUACUCCAGCUGCAAGUACAGCCAUCUGAUCACGUCCCACCAGUUCCAGCCAAACGAGCUCAUCAAGUACUGGAACCACUUGCAGAGCAACAAGCACAACGCAUGCGUCAACGCGGCCAAGGAGAAAGCGGGUCGGUACCGGCACAGAAAGCUACACUGGAUGGUGGGCCAGUGAUCGACGGAGGGAUUCUGCAAGACUGGCACACUUUGGGGGGUCACUGUGAGGCGGGACAGACCAGCACACACCCGUUUUGCUAUCGUGUACAGUAUGAACUGACAAUAUUUUUUCAAUUUAACAGAUGUUAUGUACUGCAAAGCUGUAAUUAAUUGAGGAAAAUAUUAAAAAAUGGAAGUACGAAAAUUUAUUAUUGUGCAGUAUUGAGCAUGCACAAGUGAUUAAACUUUACCAGUUGCCAAUAAAAGUAUGACAUCAGAUGUGUUUAA